GAACAUUUCUAAAGAGUAUUCUGUUCGACUUCUUGUCAUUUGAAGUUAGUUGCUUUCUCUGUUUAUGUUUUCUGGGUACUAUUGUGCAAAUGAACAAAAUGUAUUUGGAAGUUUUCAGUAUGGGUUCUGCUGGCUAUCUUUAACUAUUGGAUUUCAUAUUUGGCUCUUCUUAUCCUUGCUAUAUAUCCUAUAUUCCAAAUUUUGCUUGACUUUUUUAUAUCGGUUUCUUCUAUUGAAUAUUUGAAUGCCUUUGUUUGUGAAUGCUUCAAAUACGAAGACCAUUCAGUUAUUGAUAAUGGAUGGUGGCCUCACACUUUCGAUGAAUAUGAUGUUUAAAGGAUUGUACUUUUGUACUCUCAUUUCGUACUAAGUGAAUUUUUUUUAACCACUAUAUGAUCUUAGCGCAUUUCUCUUUUUAUGUGAUUCUAUUGAUAACAAGGGCGUUCUGUUGGAUACUUAUCUUCAUAUUUAAGCCAUGUCAAAUAAGUUGUUUUUCAUGCCUUUCUUAGGGCUCCCCACUAGGUGUUAUUUUCAUGCUUGACACACCUAUGACAAAGGCUUCGAAUUGAUGAGAUCCAAGAUUCCCUAAAGCUCUUUGAAACCCAAAAUUCAAAAAUUGAAAUUUUUUUUGUUUGUUUUCAAAUCCAUAAGAAUUAGUAGAUCUUUUAAAAAAUUUGUUCAUAGAUCAGAUAGAUCCGUCAAAAAACAUUUGGGGUCUUCAUACCCUCUAUUGGCCCCAAAAAUUAUCUUGAAGUAUUUUUCUGCCCAAUAAAUCAAAAGUAAAAGCAGCCGAGCUUGCCAUGUUGGUCGACUUGACCAGGACUUCAUGGAGUCUGACCAAAAAUUGGCUGGUUCACUACAGUCGGGACCCUCUGUAACUUGCCCUUGACCGUUUUGGGGUGACUCCGCAGAUUGUGCACCGAGUCACUGAGCUUUGCUAUACAGAGUCAAAGGUAAUGUCAUGCUUAGAUGCCAAAGAACAUAUUUAAUAUGCAACUUAAAGCUUAAUUGGGAUAUGGUAUUAUUGAAUACAAUAUUGAAACUCAUUUCAUAAGUGGUCUUCCUGUUUGAGGAAUCGGGCUCAGGUCAAGGCGGUAGUAGCUGGGUUUUCAUAGCACUACGUCUCAAGUUCCAUUCCUGUGCAACCUUGUCCCAAAAAAAAAAAAGUGGUCUUCCUGUUUUUAAAGAUGCUAACUUUAGGAGUUUCCUGGAGAUCUGUUUGCAUGAACUUUAUACGUUUAAAGUAUUUUAUUAGUUUUAAUAUGAAUACUCUGAACCUACCCCAGCAGCCUCAUAAAUGUUGGAAUAUUUUUUUCUAAUUAUGUAAUUGCCUAUUGGUGGACUCUUAGUUGAGAAAGAAUAUUAUUGCAUCUCUUAGUAUUCUGUUUUGUUUGAGGUCUAUAGAUCAGGGAGCUAAUUUAGAAGAGCCCAUUAGUUGUGAUUUGGGUUUGCAUUGAUUUAUCUGGAUUUGUGCUGCUCUAAGCAUCUAAAACCUACUGCAUGAGCAGAUUAAUAUUUUCUUGAAGGAAAUAAGUAGUGUUGACUGUAGUUUUUUUUUGUCUCAUUGUAAUUCUUGAAGGAAAUAAGUAGAGUUGACUGUAGUUUUUUUUUGUCUCAUUGUAAUUCUAAAAAGGUAUGUUGUUAUAUAUUAUGCAAGUGGUAAGUGGGUAGCUGUUUAGGCUCAGAGGAUUUCACUUACAGUAUUAGAAUUCAGUUAAACAAUGAAUAUAGUUAUGGUUUAUAAUACCCUCUCCUUUACUCCUUCCUAUUUCAUGAUUUCCUUUCAUAUUUAAUUACAAUGAAUGCAUGAAGACGAAUUUCCUCAUCAUAAUAAGCAGCUUCUUAUUCAUUUCAAAUGAUUAAUGUCUAGAAUUCGUGGUAGUUCCAUCAUAUUUAAAUAUGAUAGGCAUACAACAUGUCUGGCAAAUUUCACUAGUUGCAAUGUGGAAUAGACUAUUUUUUGCAUUGGAAGCCAUGUGUGAUGAACAAAUUUGGAGAUCUUCAUUAAUUUAUGCAUAUUUGGAGGCCUUAUGUUUCUUAUUGUGAUAAAUAUCUGGAGACCUUAUUUUUCUUGUCACCAUCAGAAUGAAGGAGCUUGUGUAAAAUUUUAUUUUAUUUGCACAUUUUUAUUUCUGAUGAUUGGAGGAAUCGUCUGGUAUGAUUUGUGGAGUAUCUCCUAGAUCAUAGUUGCUUCAAGAUAGUUUGCUGAUUAUGGAUUGUUACAUGAAGCCAUUGUCUAGGCCUCUUAGAGGUAUAUCUAUCAUUUUUCUUAUUUAUAUGUUUGUAGCAUCUCUUCAUCAUGUUUUAGUUUCUUGGUGCGGUAAUGAACUAAUGAUUGGCAUUAUCUUUCAUCAAGUUAUAUCUGUAUUGCAUUUUAGACUAUUGCUCGCCAUGCCAUUAGCCUUGUUCUCUUUUCAUUAGAGCCCUCUGAUAUGACUUGUGGAGCAUCUCCUAGAUCAUAGUUGCUUCAAGAUAGUUUGCUGAUGAUGGAUUAUUACAUAAAGCCAUUGUCUGGGCUCUCUUAGAGAUUUUUCUGUCAUUUUUUCUCAAUUGUAUAUUUGUAGCAUCUCUUCAUUUUAUGUUAAUUUCUUGGUGCCGUAAUGAACUAGUGAUUGGCACUAUCUUUCAUCAAGUUAUAUCUAUAUUGCAUUUUAGGUUAUGGCUCGCCAUGCCAUUAGCCUUGUACUUUUUGCAUUGAGACAUUUUUUCGAUGAUUUAAUAUGCGUGAUUGGUUGCUCAUUAUCAUGAAUGGUAUUGGAAUGGGUAUGCAAUCAUAUUUGAACCAUUGCUGCACCCAACGAUCCAAUAUACCUGCCAGCCAGUGGUUAUAUGACUAUCAAUGUGUCACUAUACAUCCUUCCUGUCUUGGUAAUUAACUUCUAAGUCCUAACUCUCCGAUAUUCUUUGCAAUGAUUUUUUUUUUUUUUUAAUGUUAACCUUUUCUUUGCAAUGAUAUUAUGGUAAGGAUACUGAUCAAACUAUGUUAUUAUACAUAUGACUGCUUGUUUGCUCUUUAUUUUGUGAGCAUUGACACUUGUUCAUUUAAGUAGGUUUGCGAGAACAGCUUUCUGCGUGAGAUGUGGUCGCUCUUUUAUUAGGGAUUAGUUAAACAUGUUGAUUCAGUAGUAAAUCUAUUGAAUGAUAAAAGGCUCGACUUGUAUAGCCACUUGAUUCUCUAUAGAAUAUGUGUAUGCAUUUGCUGAUGUUAGAAAGAAUUAGUUAAAAACUUGACUGAAAAACUUGUAUGGGUACUAUAGUGUAUAGAUGUUACUAGUCCUGAUACUCUCUUUCAAUGCCCUAUGAAUUGGUGCAGUUCAAAGAUGCUUUUUGUUCAAGAGGUUUCUAUUAAAAAGUUUGUGUAAUUGCCACCAUGAUAGCUCACUUGUUAUCCAAAAAGGCAAUCCAGGGUCUUGAACCAGCACCAUAAUGGAGUCACCUGGGCACGCUCUUUCUUCCUCUGGUGGAAACAUUUACUUUUCUUGGGUGGGAAAGAUAAAAUGGUAACUGGACUUGCCAACAAAGAGGCAAAUCUGCACUGAAAUGGAGUCAUAUCUACAUAUGCCCUUUCCUCUUUUGGUGGCAACACUCCCUUUCCUGGGUGGGAAACAUAACAUGUUAGCUUGGACAUAGCCAAACCAAGAGGUCAAAACCCUUUCGGUGGUAGCAUAUUGACAUAUGGAGUCAUGCUGACCUGUUCUCUGUAGAGCUGCUUCUCUUUCUUCCAUUUCCGCCAACUCUCUCUAAACUGACAAACCUGAUAGUCCACAAUGCCAAAGGACCAACGCAGCCGCUCUCUCUCAUUCCGGCACUCCCGCGCCUCUCCUUUCCCAUGCAGCUCCAGCCGUGACAAGAGCCACCACUCUUUCUCUAAAACGUCGAUCAACAAAGCUGAGGACCCCAAGCAAUGGGAUGAUGUGCGCUGCCCUGUGUGCAUGGAGCACCCCCACAAUGCUGUCCUCCUCCUCUGCUCCUCUCAUGACAAGGGCUGCCGCCCCUAUAUGUGUGAUACAAGCUAUCGUCAUUCAAAUUGCCUUGACCAAUUUCGCAAGGCUUUCACGAAAACACAAGUGAGCGAAGCUGAGGGGGCCGUGCAUAAUGGUGAUUCUCUGGCAUUGUAUGGUAGUUUGGAGGCAGUGCAUGGCAGCGGUUCAGGUGUGGCUCAUGAUGGUUCAGGGCCAGUGCAUGGUGGUGAAGAGGUGGUGCAUGGAGGGGAUUCGGGGCAGUCUAUGGUGGGGUUGGCAUGCCCUCUUUGUCGAGGGCAAGUGAAAGGGUGGACAGUGGUGGAGACAGCGAGGGGUUUUAUGAAUUUGAGGCCUCGAGGGUGUGCAGCAGAGGCUUGUGGUUUUGUGGGUGGGUACGCUGAGUUACGGAAGCAUGCACGGGCAGAACAUCCUACAGCACGGCCAGCGGAGGCAGACCCUUCACGGGAGCGGGAUUGGCGACGGCUAGAGCGACAGAGGGACCUCGGUGAUGUCCUCAGCACCAUAAGAUCUGCGAUGCCCGGUGCGAUGAUGCUUGGUGACUAUGUGUUGGAAUCGGGAGGAAUAAGCGAUGAGGAGAAUAACAAUGAGUUCGUGAUUGGUGGUGAUGAUGGGAACUGGUUGACUGUAUUCCUCUUAUUUCAGGUAUUUAGGCCGGGGGUAGGGUCGAUGGGUAUAACCGGAGGGCCCAUAUCGACAAGGUUUAGGGGGAGGAGGAGGGGUGUUGCCUCGUCUCGGAGGCGGUUGUGGGGGGAGGGUUUGGAGGGUGGUGGGGAUGAUGAGGAUGGUGGUGAUGGGGAUGAUGAUGGUGAUGGCGAUGGCUUGACCGCAGAUGGGGGGAGGGACAGGACAAGGAGGACUCUUAAUGAUAGUUAAUGCAGCUGCAGCUAGCAGUUUUUGAGAGUUUUUGGGCUUCUGUUUCCAGAAUCAAUGGGUAGAAAGACGGGGACAAUCAUCCUGCAAUUGUGGCUUAGCAGCCAUGGAUUUGAGAAAGCUGGAAUGUGAAGGAUGUGUAUUAUGUUUCUUUUCAUUUGCGAAACGAAUGAAUGGUUCAUAGAAAGACUCACGGUGUUUCAUAAUGUGCCUUGGAAACACUUUGGUUGGACAUUAUGUAUCCAUGUUUCUCUUAUAUAUUUGGAAAUGGUAGAUUUAAAA